ACCCCGGAAGUAGCAGUCUGAAUAGUAAGAGCGCUUACUACGUAUUUUUUUCCAGAUGGAAAAAGACGUUUUAGCCACUAAGAUAAAUUAUGUUAAGAGUGAGGCAUCUUCCUGCAGAGACGAUCGUUUAUGACGCAUGUUUUUUGCGCGAAACUCAGUUGGUGUAGAACGCGGAAGCAAGACAGGACGAAUUGGAGAUGAGUAAAAAGGAUAACGGUGCUGGCGUCAUUCUGGCCUACUUGAACGCCAAGAACCGUCCUUACAGCGCCCAGGAUGUCUUCUGUAACUUACAAAAGCAGCACGGAUUGGGCAAAACCGCAGUGGUCAAAGCCGUGGAGCUGCUGGCACUGGAAGGCAAGAUAAAGGAGAAGACUUACGGCAAGCAGAAGAUUUACUUUGCUGAUCAGGCUCAGUUUAAAGACGUGAGCGAUGCAGACCUGAAGGCAAUGGACGCUCGCAUCUCCCAGCUCAACGAGGAAGUGCAGGCCCUCAGCCAGAGCUGCAGACAGCUGGAUGCAGACCUUAAGGAGCUCAGCAGCAGCUUGACCACUCAACAAAUGAUCUCCGAGAUCGGGAGGCUGAAAGAUGAGUGCUCAACAAGCCGUGAGCGCCUGGAGAAGAUAAAAUCUGCGAGCAAUCACGUCACGCCCGAGGAAAAGGAGAAGGUUUUGAAAGAGCAAAAUGUGUAUGUGAAAGAAUGGCGCAAGAGGAAGCGACUGGCUUCGGACAUGAUGGACACAAUCCUGGAGGGAUACCCCAAAAGCAAGAAGGAAUUCCUGGAGGAGGUUGGUGUGGAGACAGACGAGGACUAUAAGGCAGUUGUGCCGACUGUCUGAUCCAAUUGUUGAUUAUAUAUUUAAGACUUUGAUUUAGUUUUGUACAAUUUGUUCUGAUUUCAGUUCAUCUUACUGCACUCAUGUGUGAUGUUUGGCAGAUAUAAUUUACAUUUUGUGCCACCUUAUUAAACGUUCAGGACAGAUGGAUCUAUCAACAGCAUAUUUAUUUAGGCAGGAGGGACGCUCUGGAAAAAACAUGCAGCACAAUACACUUUGAAGAAGCAAGAGAACAAGAAUAAUUUAGCAUAUAUAAAAUGUUUGUCAAAGGGACACAUGUACAAUCUUCUGUGUCCUAAAACAUCUUUAAGCAUCAUCCAAAACUCUCAAAUUGGUUUCUAGCAAAACAUUGUCUAAUUCUAUAAAUAUCUUUAAAAACAAGAACAUUUCACCCUCAUUAUUGCAGGUCUUUUAGAACAGGGGGUAAAAAGUGGAUCAACAGGAUUUUGGUAAAAGGACGGAAUGGGAGACCAUAAGAUACAGAAAUUGGGACAGGUCUAUUUCACUCACUAAGUACGCCUGAGUUUGAGCCAAUCGGGCAAGGCACCAAAAAGUUCUUUAAUGUGCACCUCAGACUGUAAAUAUAAAAAAUAUCAACAUUAAGUCAAACUGCGGUAAUAAGGUUGAUGUGUAUUGAUAUACUGUUUCUAAAUAAUAGUGGUCAUAGGACAGACUCCUGGCACACACCAUAUCUUAAAACGGGACAAUAAAGGCAAGUCUUAUUAAACGCACCAAGCACCAGUUUGUCGGCAUCUUUCAAUAAAACAUGCUUUAAGCUCUGUUGUUUGUCAAUAGAAUCGUUGGUUACUUAUAAAGUUGCUGUUCUGGUCCUCUCCUUGACCAGACUGUUAAUUACUGAGCGUUUUGCAAGAAAUCACAAGCAGCUCUUCAUCAACAACAGAUUUGCUUUCCACGCUGGCAUCUAUUUACAAAGUAGCUGGUAACUUUCCAUACAUGGUAACAACUGAUACUCAUUAAAACAUCAGUGGUCCUAGAGGGGGUCGAAAGAACACAUCCUAGUCCUUUGGCGUUCAACAGGGUUUCUGCAGGUAUCUAAUGUAAUGCUUUUAAAGGAAAUUUAAUGCCCAUGUCCUACUGGUCAAUGGUCAAAAUAAUACAGUACAAUUGCCUGUAUACAGAAUUGUAAGAAUUUGACAAUGAUAAUGUUGAAAAGUUUACAUUAACUGUGGCCAAAUCAAGCACUAAUGUAAACAUACGAUAAUAAUGCAAGGAACCCUUUCAGACAAACAUUUUUCAUUACAGUAGUAUUUUUUUUACCAUUGUCAUUGGAAGGUCAAUAAUUCUAAAUAAGUAAAUCUAAAAAACCUGACAAUUUUAGCAAAAAUUGCACUUCAAUUAAAUUGUUUUGUUGCCAGUUCGUCCGUAUUAAUGGGCUCAAAUAUUCCCAUUGGCUUUAUAUUCAUCGCUUUUCUUCUUAACUUUUGUUACUUUGCAGUGCUUGCAGACUAGUGAGGCUUUAAUGCCUUUGGACGUGGUACUUAAUG